UUGUUUUUGAAGCGGAUCAAAAGAGAUCUGAAUGUGUUUAGAUAGUACUUGAUAGUGUUAUCUAACUGGGCCAAGACUACUAGAUAGUUUCUCAUGGGCUGGGCGGAGACUAGGAGAUGUCAUCUUUCCCCUCGAAACGAUUCCUAUGGCGAUUAUGGCCGUAGCCGCGCUCAGGUUCCCUCUUAUCGCCCGUCGAACUUUCCCGUCUUCGGGUCCCAAUUUUUUGAAGUAUAGCGACGAAGAGUUGAUGAAGCAAUGCAAAUUCGAGACCUUUAGAGUUUCAGGGCCCGGCGGACAACACCGGAACAAGCGUGACUCCGCCGUUAGACUUAAACACCUCCCCACCGGAAUCGUAGCUCAGGCCGUAGAGGACCGUUCACAGCACAAGAACCGAGCUUCUGCUCUUAACCGGCUUCGCACUCUCCUUGCUAUCAAAGUGAGGAACAAGGUGGACAUUGAUGCUUAUUCUCCUCCUCCCGAGCUUCUUCAGAUCCUGCCUCCCAAGUCCACCAUUAGAACUUCUUCUUCUGGUUCACAGAUUGGUCCCAACAAUCCUAAAUUUGUACCUGGAAUGCAAGCUUUGCUUGACGUUAUCUCUGCUUCUGACGGUUCUAUCGCGGACUCUGCCAAGUUGCUGGGUUUGAGCACUGGUGGCUUGUCUCGUUUGAUACUCUCACAUGAUGGUCUUCGUAUGGCAGUCAAUAGCAUGAGGGCAGCCAAGUUAAUACACGCUAAAUAUCUUGGUCAGUGGAGCAAAUGAAGAAAAACCGGUCACUGCCUGGAGGGAAUGUUCUCAGGUAUAUUGGACAUUUGAAAAUAGCAAAAGAGUGAGAAUCAGAUUCUUGCAGAAUGAGGUUCUCCUCUUCCCCACACAGCAAAAAGAAAUAACUUUUAUGGAGUUGACUCUUGAGAAAGAAAAAAAACCCAAGAGUUGAGUGAGAGUCUCGUGGGUGCCUUCUGACUCACUCCUUUGUAUAUUUUACACAUGAAUCUCAAACUCUGAAGGUAUGCUCUGAGAUUGCGAGAUUCCUUGACUUCUCUUGGAAUUAGCAGCGACUAUUCACCUUCCCUUUUAUCUCUUGUGUGAUGAAUCUUUAAGAUUCUACCAAUGGAUGAGUGAUUCGUGUAGUGAAUGAUCAGCUUUUGGUAAAAUGAACUCUAUGUUGAUGCCAUUGUCACUCCGCUCUGUAAAGAAAAGCAGAUAUAUGUUUGUGGGGAUGUUCUAUUCUAGUCAUAAAGUUCUUACA